UCUAGUGAAUUAUGGUUGUUGCUCUUAAGCUGAAGUACGUUUAGAUAUCCACUCGCACGAAACACACAGAAAUUAUUCAAUUAACUAUGACAAGUCGAAAUGGCGACAGUCUGCUGCUGUUGCAGCAAGAGGAGGACAAGACAAAUGUGCACUUAGAAUCUAUGAGCGGAAACGAUGUGAUUCGAUUUCGCAAUCUACAACAGUGGUACAAAACGAGUAUCUGCGAUGUAAAAAGAAAUUUCCUCCGAAAUAUAUUGGACGCUUGCAAGGAUCCGUUGUUUUUGUUUAGUUUGCGAAAAAUAUUCGACAAGGCGUACACCAGAGACAUUGCACCGUAUAUUACUGGCGAUUGGUGGUCCUCUCACACGUGUCCGGCCGAAGACAACGGGUCCUUAUUGGAUUUGACCGUAUCGAAACAGACGACGGACGACCACUCCAAUUGGUUUGGCGGGUUGUCGAUACACGUUCAACUAGCAAUUUUUGUCAAACUCAUGAUGUUGGGCGGAAUCGGUGUCAUGACUGCAAUUCGCGUUUACCUCGAUCACUUAAUUAAGUCAAAUGGAAAUUUACUGAGUUUACGAAAUGUUAUUGGAAAAAAUACUGAAUGGAAAAACAAAUUGGAUUCAUUCGAGCAGAAACACCACGCGAUUCGUAGAACCACUGAACCCGACAGCGACUUGGCACAAAUGCUUCCGGUUUGGCAUGUUAUUCCAGCUGGCGGGAAAUUAUUAAAUGAUCCUAGUUGCAAAGAAACGAACACAACCACAACGUCAACAAACGGGAAUGUCGAACAUAUACCAUUGAGUUUAAGUCAUACAUUGGCUUCUGUAACGGAAUACAAGAAAGCAAGAAACUACAUUGACCUGCAAAUUGACAGACGUUUAAAAAUACAAAACUCAAGACAAUCAGAUAAUACAACUAAACUAGACGAUUGUGACGAUUUUGAUCUGCAUGCGUUACCAUUUGAUAACAAUUGUUGUACUGGGAAAUAUGCAAAUACUAUUCUUGUAUUGAAUAAAUGA